CAUCGCGAACGACUACGUUCCUGAAACAUCUGACAUUUCGCCGGAGAUUUCACCGUUAAUAUUUCGUUUUUGCCCUCUUUGACCGAGCAGGAUUGUCAUUUAUGAUAUUGACCCUCGUCGAAUGUGACAAUUUGGGAGAAACAGCCUUGAUUAAUCGUAAAAUCUCGGCAGAAACCUCGUGCCUGAGUUCAUACGAUCGGGUAGAUUUGACUGGAGUAGCGUGACCCUACUUUGCAUGUUAUUGACAUUUUUUAUGCAAAUGGCGAGUUGAACUUGUUUACAUCGCAAAAUCGCACGUGCAACGUUGGGCAGAUGCUUGUUUCAUGUUUCCAACGAAGUCAUGUCGACGAAAGUGUUGGAAGCUAGCCCGGAAUCGGGCAACCGAAAUGACCCGUUUUCGAGUAACAAUGCAAACAUUUAUGUGCAAGGAACACUGAAAAAUGCUAGAAUUGGAGGAACAAGCUGUGGUCUGUCCGUGGUGAUGGAGAGCGCGAGCGCGACCGAACUUGUGGGGAGUCUUGCUGCCCAAACUAUACCGUCACAUUCAGUGGUCGCCGGUGUUGGGGGAGCCGCGGGAUCCGGCCGCAAGCGGCACCAGAGCACAUCAAAGGCAGCUGGGCAAAUCAAAAGGAGAAGGAAAACAUAUGAAAGGAAUGGUUCAAAACCAAAAUUCCUCUUGGGAGGUUCUAUCACAGAUCCUUUAAAUUUGAACAGUCUUGACGAUGAAGAGAUUUCCAGAAUUGCAAAUGCACUUACUCCUGCUUGUUCACCUCUUCCACACAUUGACAAGGAUCCAGAUCCCGUUAUAGUCCCGCAAGAUUUCAAAGAUCCUCUGAAAUUGAACAUAACCGAUGACAACCCGGAGAAUAACUCACCGCUCACCAAAACUCUGGUGCCAAGAAAAUCGUCAGGAAAGAAAAAGAAAUACCACAAUAGCGGAGAAGCGAAGCGUGAUAGUAUUGAAUCCUUGGGAAACUCUGAUAGAGAUGGGGCUCAUGGAGAUGGUUCUUCUUGUGCUAGGCCACUAUGGCUUGAAUUACAGAAUAAUAAAAUGACAAAACUUUCAAACAAAAUCGUUUCCCCAGUUCUUCCAGACUCCAGAGGGCGCAAGAGGAAAGCAAGUCGAACAGAGCCGAGUUCGAGACUGGCCAGAGCUUUGCUGAUUGAUGACUUACUGCCACUGCCGCCGCUGCCAAAAAAAGCGAAGAGCACUGAGCCAGAAUCGAAGAGAUCGGGGAAGUCUCCAGACAUAGUCAACAAGCUGCGGAGGCAGCAUAGCCACGACGCAAAAUCAUCUAGGCACCUGCCGAAAUUCAAAGAACAGGACAAGAAAUUCCAGUACGGCAACUAUGCUCGUUACUACGGUUACCGCACGCCAAACAGUGAUGACAGUCGCAUAGACUUCUUCAAACGUGAAUGGUUCGAGGGCAAGAAUUGUUUAGACAUUGGCUGCAAUUCGGGUCAUGUGACACUAGCCAUCGCGAAACUGUUCGAUCCGUCAAAGAUAGUUGGGGUGGACAUUGAUGGGAAUUUGAUUGGAGUUGCCAGGAAGAAUGUGAAGAACUGUCUUGAAGAGCAGUUUAGAGAGAAGAGAGGCAAAGGAUGCGUCGACUUUCCAGUUUCCCUCCAGAAGACGUAUGGGCCAUUAGCACCGGCUGCGUCGACUUCAUCAUCAGUUGGAAGGAGAACACCGGGCACUUCAUUAUUUCCAGCAAACAUCUUGUUUAGAUGUGCCAACUUUGUCCUGGAGAAGGACUCCAUGCUGGAGACCCAGAGGGAGGAGUACGACACCAUCUUGUGUCUCAGCGUCACCAAGUGGAUUCAUCUCAACUGGGGCGACGCGGGCAUGAAGCGCUUCUUCAAGCGCAUCUUCAGGGCGCUUCACCCCGGCGGGAGACUCAUCCUGGAGCCUCAGGCGUGGCCCUCAUACCAGAAGAAGAGGAAAAUGACGGUAGGUGACUGGGUUCAGCUCGAGACUGGCCUAGAUUGUGAUUUUUGUUCUCUGAUUACUUGUUAUAAUCAACAUAAUCAUUAUAACAUCAGCAUCAUCAUCAUCUCUAUCAUUUUUUUAAGCAGAUGUUUCUGCAUGAUAAUGUCAAGGCUUCUCUACUUCAGAGAAUGA